AAAAGGAAAGUAAGCAAGUUGAUCGUCGUUAUUGUUCGUUACAAUUUAAUCGUUAUCGGUGUUAAGCUUAUAACUAUAUAGGAAAAUAAUGGAUUCUUCGUUAUUAAUAUUAGGCUGCAUAAGCCUUAUUAUUUUCAUUAAAAUAUUAUUGUCGUUAUACAGUGCAUAUAUUUUUCAUAAAACCAUCAACAAACUUCCAGGACCGAAAGGUAACAUUUUAUUUGGAAGCGGAUCUUCUGCAAGAAGAUUAAAAAAAGAAGAUCGACUAUUGAAAAUACAAAUUUGUUCGGUCAGAUAUAAAGAUGGAUUAUUUCGUACUUGGUUGGGAAACGAGCCUACCGUUCAUUUACAUAAACCCGAACACGUUGAGAUAAUUCUACGAAGUACUAGGAAUAUUCAAAAGGCGCCACUUUAUAAAUAUUUGGAACCGUGGUUAGGAAAAGCAUUACUAACAGCUUCAGGAAAGAAAUGGAUGCAGGACAGAAAAUUGAUUACUCCAGCUUUUCACUUUAAUAUAUUAGAACAGUACGCAGUGGUGAUGUCUGAGAAAGCCGACAUUUUUGUAAAAUGUCUUGAAAAACAGUUAAAGGAAAAUUCGGAGGACCCUAUUGACAUUUUUCCGUACGCUAAUCGAUGCACUUUGGAUGUUAUAUGUGAAACAGCAAUGGGAGUUAAUAUAAACAUGCAAGAAGAUACCGAAAAUGAAUAUGGCAAGGCCGUUCAUAGAUUUACCGAAUUACUGAUGUAUCGCAUAUUUCGUCCUUGGCUCGCGUGGGAUUGGGUUUUCGCUUUAACAGAAGUUGGAAAAGAGUAUUAUGCAGCAAUCAACGUGAUGCAUACAUUUACAAGAAAUGUGAUAAAAAAAAAGAAGAUAGCGCGAGAGUUAAAACAUUUUAACGAAGAGGUUCAAGCUUUUGACGAGAUAGGUAAACCAAAAAGGAAAGCUUUCCUAGAUCUUUUAUUAGAUGCUAGAGAAAGAAAUGGAAAUCCAAUGACGGAUGAGGAAUUAAGGGAACAAGUGGAUACAGUUAUGUUUGCUGGACACGAUACAACUGCUGCAGCCAUUAGUUGGACACUUUUCUGCCUUGGUAAUAAUCCUGACAUUCAAGAAAAGGUGCAUCAAGAACUGGAUGAUAUUUUUGGCGAUUCGAAUGAAUCAGCUACGACAAAAGAAAUUGCGCAAUUGAAAUAUCUCGAUAGAGUAACCAAAGAAGCCCUCAGGUUGUAUCCCAGUGCACCUGGAUUUUUACGAAAAUUAUCCGAAGACGUGAAGAUAGAUGAUUAUAUAAUUCCCAAGGGCUGCGUUGUUGCUUUAAGUUCUUUCGGUACUCACCGGCAUCCGGAUAUUUGGCCAGAUCCAGAAAAAUUUGAUCCCGAUAGAUUUUUACUUGAAAAUUCAAAGAACAGGCAUCCUUAUGCUUACAUACCAUUCAGUGCAGGACCACGGAAUUGUCUUGGACAAAAAUACGCUCAAUUGGAAGAAAAAUUUGUCCUCGCUGCUAUCUUACGUAAAUGGAAAGUGAAAAGUAUUCUAAAAGAAGGCCACAUUAAAUUUUACGGUGCUCUUAUUUUGAGACCAUCCGAAGGAAUUUAUCUUCACUUUAUACCAAAGAAAUAAUUAUCUAUACAACGUUAAUAAUGAUUAUUACGGCAUUUUAACGAAUUUCCUUUAUUUUAAAAUUAUAAUUACUAGAUACGUAAACAGGUACAUAUUUAAGAAUAUACUCAUAUUUAUUAAGCGUUCAUUCUUACAAGUAAUGUAGUACAAUCUUA